AUGCCCGUCACCGAGUUCGCCAUCAUCUGCCUCCGCGGCGGCGGCUUCGACGAGCUCGACUUCCUCGAGGCGCUCAUGGAGGUGCAGGAGAUCCAGGACAGCUGGACGCGCGUCAACCACCCGUACAACCUGGAGCCCAACAGCAACCUGAGCAGCAUGUACAUUGAGCACAGCGACCCGCCGUCGCUGCUCAUCACGGCGCCGUGGGACUCGCCCGAGGACCACGGCGAAUGGAUCCGGUCCACCGACAACCAGAUGUGCAACGCCAAGCUGGCGCACUACAUCAAGCCCGGGUGCAGCUCGGCGCUGCUGCAGCACCUGAGCCCGGCCGGCAAGGACGAGCAGCUGCGGCGCGCGUUUCUGAACAAGGACAGCUUCAGCGUCGCCAGGAUCACGGUCGAGCCCGGGGUCAAGAGGGACAAGCUACAGGAGGCGUACGAGAGGGAGGAGAGGGACGUGGAUCUCAUGGAGGGGGAUCAGAAGCUCUGGGCGGGGUGGAGGAUGGAGAAGCGCCAUGGGAACGAGGAGCUGGUUGUGUUUUGGACCGACGAGGUGCCCGAGGGGACGGUGCAGAAGCUGAUUGCCUUGGGGGACGGGAGUGAGCAGAGGCGCUUCAGGCACGUCGUGUAG